GACCUUUUGGACAGAAUAUUAGCCUUGCUUCCUAAUGAAGCGCCGGACAUGCAUGGUUUGGGGAUGACAAAUUUUACUGCGAAGCAAAGGGUGGCAGAAAUAAUUGAUGAUACUUAUAGAAAACUGCAGGGUACAGGGGCCACUGAUUCAUCAAUGAACGGAGAGAGUUUUUCUGAAAUACACAAUGUUAAUUGUGAAGAAGUUGUAGGAACUAUUUAUUUGGAUAAGAAGAUUCGCUGCCCCUGUGGUAGUUCAUUGCCAACGGAGUACAUGAUUCAGUGCACAGACCCGGAAUGCCGUGUGUUCCAACAUAUUUGUUGUGUUAUUAUCCCAGAGGAUUGUGCAGAAAGCAUUCCACCAAUUCCAUCUCAAUUUUAUUGUGAAAUUUGUCGAAUCAGAAGGGCAGACCCUACAAACCCCCUGCUGAAUGUGGAACAAACAUUUGAAGUUACAAGCAUAGAUAUAGCCUUGUUGCAGAAUGCAGAGUAUGAGGUUCAGGCUUGGUGCAUUCUUCUCAAUGAUAAAGUUCCAUUUCGGAUGCAAUGGCCACUAUUUGCAGAUCUAAAGGUCAAUGGUGUGCCUAUAAGGACGGUCAAUAGACCCGGAUCACAGUUAUUAGGAGCAAACGGUCGUGAUGAUGGUCCCAAGAUUGCAUUUUACUUGAGCGAGGGAAUUAAUCAAAUUUCUUUGUUAGGAUGUGAUGCUCGAAGUUUUUGCCUAGGUGUUAGACUCGUAAAGCAACGUGUGAUUCAACAGAUUCUCAGCUUGAUUCCCAAAGAGCAAGAUGGUGAACCUUUUGAAGAUGCACUUGCCCGCAUUUGUCGGUCGAUUGGUGGUGGCAUGGCCAUGGCAAAUGAUGAUAGUGAUGAUGAUUUGGAAGUUAUUGCAGACUCUGUUGCAGUUAAUCUCCGUUGCCCUGUAAGUGGUUAUCCUUUUGUUAACUUUUGGGGUUAUCUUCCUCCACUUGCAUGUUGAUGCGUCUCCUUGGACGGUGAUUUAGAUAGAUUGACUCACUUGAACAUUGAUUUUUUGAAAUACUUAUUUAAUAUUGAACCACGGAACAGACUUUAUUCCAUUGCACUUGAGUCCCCAUAUUCACCUAAACCAUAAUAGGAAUCUCUGUCAUUCAUUGUUUAGUAAUUUCAAAUUUAAUCCGAGCGUUGUUAUCUUAUAGUUAUGUCAAUUUGGGACUUGGACUGGAUUCUCAUCUUCUGUUAUCUGUCAUCAUUUUUUAUGCUGAGAGCAUUGAUUCAUCAACAAUGAGGGUUGCCAUGACCAACAUACCAAUUUGUUUAUGUUCAAUACUUUGCUAUCCACUUUUAAGUGGUAGAGACCUCCAUUUGGGAAAGAAAAAUAUCAACAUACAUGGAUUGGAGUCUAAAUAAAAUACAUAUGAAACUGACUCUGU